UACAGCCUGACACGAGAAGGCAUGUUCGAAUACAGGUCAAUGACACUUAAAUGCGAAUAAAGCGAAUGAUUUUUGAUCCAAACAGCGUUCCGUAUACAGGUACAGUGGCGCGCUAUGAUUGGACGAGAUACACGUGCCAACAAAUGCACAAUUGCCUGUAGCUGACAGGCAGGAAGAGUAGACUACAAGUAAGAAAAAGAGCAACUUUAACGGUGAAACAUACGCCAGGAUAGCAUGAACUGUCGACCAAUUUCCAAACAUGAGUCGAUCACUUUGCAGGGUUUCAAGCACGCAUGUCACGCGAUGCUGUACGCCCGCUCGGAGGAGAAGCUGUUCCGGAGAAUUCCAGUAAGAUAUGCUGUGCUGAUGCAGAUGCGCUUUGAUGGACGUAUCGGAUUUCCUGGUGGCUUUGUUGAUCUUCAAGACUGCAGUUUAGAAGAUGGUUUAAACCGUGAGCUUUAUGAAGAGGUGGGAUGUACACUUAGGCUAUCAGAUGCUGACCACAUGUGCUCACAUGUCACAGACUCACCACAGAAGUUGGUGACACAUUUUUACACCAAAGAACUAAGUCUGGCUGAGUUGCAUCAGGUGGAAGCAGGUGCAGUUUCUGCCAAGGAACAUGGACUUGAGUCAAUGGGCCUGAUACGUGUGCCACUGUUUACUCUGCGGGAUGGAGUCGGUGGUCUGCCUGCAUUUCUUUGCAACAACUUCAUUGGUAACGCCCGGGAUGAGCUGGUUGAUGCUUUAAGACAUUUACGUCUAAUAAAUGAAGAUCGAUUAGCAUCUGCUCUGGAAGUCAGUCACAAACAGAAAUGAGUUCUGCUUUAAAACAGUUAACACUAACAUAGUGACACAGAGACUGGUACCUUCCUUGUUUUAUGUAAGCAUAUGUUUAAAUAAUAAAAAAAGAACCUUUUAUUUUAUUUCAUUUUGGUGAGGUUAAUAAUAAUGUUGAGAAGUAAGUAGGUCUUAUGAUUGAUUACAUAAUUAAUUUUUCCUUGAGUAUUUAUUAGACAAUACUAUUCCCUCUAUGAGGAUCACAAAUAUAAGCAUUAAUGGACAAAAAAUAAAUAAUGUUUACAUUUAUCUUAGAAAUAUAAGCAUUUCUUUAUAUUGCAUGCUUAUCAUCUUAAAUAUACCAAUAUAAGAUAAAAACUAGAUAUUAACAAGCUGUUCUGUUUUUCAAUCUUCCUGUAAAACUAAAUGUCUAAAACAAUAUAUUAAAGUCAUCUGUUUGCUUUA